GAAAAACCGGAAAAGCUAAAAUCUGCCAUCCGGGUCGCAGCAUUUAAAAAGAAUAUGAAUACAAACAGAGGACACGGUUUAUUGUAAUUAGACGAAAGUGUUCGAUCAUUUAUUUCCAUGGCAACCACAAACAGCAGAAGGAGUUCAAGAACUCCCAAACCAAACCAGAAAUAUUCCACUUACAUCAAAGGCAAGGUCAACAGGUCAGGAGAUGCAGAUUCAGAGGGUGAAAGUUCAACUGCGGAAGGGGUUGGAGAAACUGAACACUCCCCAAAAUCAUCACCGGUCAAAACAGACAGUGACAAUUUAACAGAUGGAGAGAUGAAAAGAAAGAGAGGCAGGCCUAGAAAAUUCCCACUAUCAGAGAGUGCCUCCAACAUUGGAUCCACCAAAGGGAAGCAAGCAGGUAGUGAUAAAAAUUUUGGAUCCUCCGCAAACAACACAUCCAAAACAGAGACUCCUCAAAGAGUUCCGAAGAAGAGAGGGAGAAAAAGAAAAGUGAAAGUAGACUCAGACGAAUAUGAAACAGAGCAGGAAGACAGCAAUAACCAUGAAAAGAGUCGGGUCUGGGAGUUGGUUCAACCUCAGUUUCUUACCUUGAUGAACAUAUUGAAGGAGGCGGGUAUAGAGGUCCUACUGAUGACAAACUGGCUGAGAGGGUUCACCUUCCAGUACAACGGCUCAGAGAAAGGGAUCAAGUUCAUCGAGGAGAGAGUGGGCUUUACAGACGACUUCCUGCAGCAAGUCUUAAACGAUAGAGGGGAAAUGUUAAGAGAAUCUCAGAAGGGAGAGCACUCAAGAUUCAUCUGGAAAAUUGUAGAAAAACAGCUACAGAGUCUGGUGACGGAGCUUGCCACGGCAGGAAUGGAGAGCUUGAUCCUCACUUCCGUGAUGGGACUUGAGGACUACGGAUUUUCCGGAUCAGAAAAGGGACUCCAGUUCCUGGGCGAUAGAAAUGAACUGAAGAACCUGUUUGUGGCCUAUUGCUCAGAUCAGGAAAUUCCAAAUGCCAAGUUCCAGCAGAAGUCUGUCUUCAUGGACUGGUACCAGUGUUUUGGUGGAGAACCUUACGAGGAGGAAUUCUACGAAUCCCAGAACCAGGAAUCCCCUAGCACAACCAGUAACAGCAAACCGGAUACCAAGAAAAGAAAGAUGGAGGCACCCCUCAUCAUUACUCCAGAAACAGAGAAAAACCCAGUGUGUCCUGUAUGUAUGAAAAGGUUCAAAACUGUAGAAGUUCUGAAGAGCCACUACCUUGUUCAUUGUAAGACAAAGGAGUUUGAGUGUGAGACCUGUAAACUGGUUUUCCAAGAGAAAAUGGAAUUCAGUAACCACUUGGUGGAGGCACAUGGUGGUAGUGGUGGUGGUGGAGAUACCACUUUGGAGGUGGGAAGUGGUAUUGCAGAUGGGGAUGGUAUUGUUGGGGUGACUUCCGAAGUGAAUAAAGAUGGAGAAAUAACUCUUUCGGUUGUUUCUGGAAAUGACUUCCUAGCAGACAUUCAGGGUAUAACUUUUGACAAUGGGACACAGGUGGAUGAGUCUGAUCUACCAGAUGAAUUGGGUACGGAUAGUGUGGAACAGGCUGUUCAGACGCUAAAAGAUAUAGCCGAUUCGGUGGAGGUAAAAAAGGAGGUCACUGAAGAUUACGACGAAGAUGACUACCGAGAGGAUUUGGAGGACGGUAGGAUCAGAUGCAACCUGUGUGAGAAAACCAUGAAAAAUGAACUGAUGUUCAAAAAGCAUGUGGAACACCAUGAUGCCAGAAAGGAUAUAGAGUGUAGAGUGGAGGGAUGUCAUAAGAAGUUUAAACGAUCCUGGGACAUGGAGUACCACAUGGUCACCAUCCACGGCUACGUGAAGAUAGCCGCCGGAAACAUCGUACGCCCGGAAGAUGUGCCACCGGGCACAAAGCUGAAGAAAGUGAAACGGAAGAAGAAGAAGGGAGUUCCUGAUUCUGACGAUGAAGAGGAGUAUAAUCCGAUCAAAGCCCUGAAGGGAACUGAAUGUCCCAGAUGUGGAAUGAAAUUCAAGACACUGGCCAUUCUUAAGAGACAUUAUGAAAUUCACAUUGGUGAGAAGAGCUUCAUCUGUGAGGUAUGUUCAAAGAAUUUCCUUAGAAAGUACGAUAUGCACAUACAUCAGAUGAAAUGUCAUGGUUAUAAGAGAAUAGGGAAAGGGAAAGUAGGACCUCCAGAAAAUGAAAAUAAACCAGAUCACUUUGAUGUUACUAUGUUUGGAGAUAGGACUCAUUCCUCAGGGAUAAAGAAGACACCUUUACACUGUGAUUUCUGCGAUGAUGUGUCGUUGAAUUUAACUAAGAAGGUGGCACAUUUAGAGGAGUGCCACUCUGCAAUGAACCCCUUCAGAUGUCCGAAUUGUGAGUUGACUUUUCCACUGAAGAGAAAGAUGAAGGUCCAUUGGUACACCAACCAUGCAGAAAGGAAGCAUAAAUGUAGCCAGUGCGAUAAAACUUUCCUGUUCAAGUUUCAUUUACGAGACCAUGAACAGAUGUUUCACAACGAAAACGGGUUUCUGUGUACUCUGUGUGGCAAGAGCUUCCAUCUUCUGAAGUAUUUGAAGAAGCAUGAACAGAGGCAUGAGGAGGACCUAGCCAUUGGCAUCGAUCCAAACGCGCCAAAAGUUUACCAGUGUCAGUACUGCAACGAAAUCUUAACGGGAAUCACCGCCUAUCAAAAUCACAUGAAGCAGCACCCAGAUGUGGAGGACCGGAAGUUUGAAUGCGAGGUCUGCCACAAGAGGUUCUUCCAACAGGGCCACCUGAAGCGCCACAUGUACGUGCACGUGGAGGAACGGAACCAUGACUGCCAGUUCUGUGAAAAGAAGUACAAGGAUCCAGAGACGCUAAAGAAACACAUGAUCGCCUUCCAUAACGUGAAGGAGAUGAAGCGAAAGACGUACCGCUGCGAGGAAUGUGACAAAGGAUUCCUCAGCCUCGGUCACCUCAGCAGACACAUGUUGGGACACACGGGCGAAAAGCCGUUCGCCUGUGACAUCUGUGACAAGAGAUUCACCGAAAAGGCGGGAAAACUUAAUCACGAGAGAAUCCACAGUGGAGAGAGACCGUUCGUGUGUAAGGUCUGCGGGAAGGGGUUCGUCCAGGCCACGCAUCUUCGUCGCCACAUGUUUCUUCACUCACAAGUCCGUAACUACGUGUGCGGAAUCUGUAAGAAGCGCUAUUACCAGAACGAAGACCUAAAACAACACAUGCUCACCCAUUUGAAUAAGAAGUCCUUCAAGUGCAACAUGUGUGAUAAGUCUUAUUAUCAGUUGGGCAGCUUAAACCAGCAUAUGCGAUGUCAUACGGGCAAGAAGCCAUUCCAGUGCAGCAUUUGUAAAGCAUGCUUCUCCCAGAAAAUUGCAAUGAUCGUGCACAUGCGCAAGCACACCGGAGAGAAGCCUUUCAAAUGUGAGACUUGCGGAAAGUGUUUUAUUAGCAAGCGAAUGUGCAAGGAACAUAUGAGAUCGCACGAACAGAAAUAUAUUGCAUUUACUUGCUUCAAAUGCGAGAGAGAAUUCCCCACUGAGCAAGAACUCAAAGAUCACGUGACUAUCAAACACCCCACGGAAAAAUUAGAACAAGUUGUGAAAGUAGUGGUGGUGGAUAACCCGGGGGCGAGAGCCGAAAUCGCCCCGGAGGCGGACAAGGACGAUGACGAUGAUGACGGGGUUUUGAAUACUUGUGAUAUCUGUAUGAUGAGUUUCCCAGACGCCGAAUCCUUGGAAAAACACACCAUCGAAGACCACAAAAGCGAGAACGAAAACGUGUGCGAACUCUGCCUGGGAACGUACGAAAACCAGGAGCAGUUUGCCGACCACCUGGUGAAGGAGCACGGACUGAUUGAGGUGGAGGACGGGUACUUCGUGCAGCUACAGGCCGUGCCUACAGAGGAAAUCUCCGUCGACAGCCCCUCCAAGUACCUUAACACCAAACAUAUCACCGAGGACGAAAUCCAUGCGGAAAUCGACGGCAAACAUAUCAUAAUUCAGAAUAUAAAUGGUCUUAUGAACAUUAACCAAAACGCACAGAAUCAAAGUGCCGUACACACGCCAGUAGUUUCUCCUAUGAAGAAAACUGGUAAUACUCAGCUAACUCCGAAAAAAAUGACGACAAUUCAAGAAAAAGACGGAUCAAUUUUACAUAUUGUUUCGCCAAUGUUCGAAGUUCCCGCCACUCAACCCGAGGGACCAAUUCUUGCAGAAUUCCCCUCACAGAUUGAAAACGCCACUGAAUUCCGCCUCAUUGAUGCGUCACAAACAAUUGAUGCGAACACCGGUGACCAAGUUGUGAUAGCAACCACGGAUGGCGGAAAAACGUAUUUCACACUGCCUCCUGGAACGCAGACGACAGAUAACCUGCCCAACGAAACUCCAGACGACAUCUUGCAGCAAAUCACGGAGGAAGUCAUCUCCACGCAAGAUUUCCAACCGGAAGUUGAGAACGAGGGCGUUGAAACCACCGUGUCCGAAAUUGCAUUUGAUCAAGAUGGCGGCAUUUCUGAGACAACAGCAGCCAACUUGGCAGCCAUGUAUGGAACAGAUCGCAUCAUUUACCAGGAAGAGAGGACGGACGGAACAGAAGUUGUCCACGUGUAUGCAGUGGUGUCAGACUCUUAACUAAGUGAUAAAUUAGUCCCGUGUGCCUAGCAACCACUAAUUGUGUGUUCAAUAAUUACGAAGUUUGUCUUGUUUGUUAUUUAUUUUCAUCACCAAAUGAAACGUUUGUUGUUUGUUGAACGAUUAAAAAGAAACAAUUGUUA